UCGGUGCCCUAACAAGAAGCGAGUUGUGUUGUGGAAAGACGUGGCCGUGGCGUCUGUCCUUUCUGCUGUUGCUGAAUUGUUAGAGGCUUGGAUGAACAAUGUAUAAUGAUAUACAAGUCGAGCCUGUAAGGCAUUAGUUAACUUAAAGUUCAUUCGUGGUGGCGGUAAUGCCCUAAUUCAGUUUGCAUCCGCCGUUAAUCAACAGAGAAGAAGAAGCAUGUGACGUCACUUCCUCUCGGAAGGCAAACAAGCGUUAGCCUAUUCAUACGUCACGUGGAAGUUUGAGCUUAAAAUGCCGGUUUGUUGUACUGUUUUUGGGUGUUUCAACCGUUCAAAUCGAGAGAUAGAAACAAGCUUUCACAUACUCCCGAAAGUCGUGUUUCAUAAAGGGAAUAAAGUCCGGGAAAUUACGAAUGCGCGUCGAGGGAAAUGGCUCUCAAACAUGUCACUUUCCUCUUGUCGUGGAUUACGAUAAAGAUCAUUCCGUUAAAGGUUUGUUGAACAUUUGGGUUGUUUGAGAAACUUUCUGUGAAACUGUCGAGUUUAUUCUUCAUUAUGUAGUUAGUGUUUGAGACCUGAACCAAGCGCAAAUGUUCUCUACGUGCCAUUGAACACGGAAUUUUGCGACGGUCCCUAAGCAGGAUUCCCAACGUCAGCGAGCGUGGUGGGCUUUUCUACAUUUCCCACAAUGCAUUGUGGCUGGCCAUUUUGUAAGGCUCGGUUGGAAAACACUAUUGUUGAUCAUUCAUUCAAUGAUAAUAAUAAUAAAAUAAUGCCGACGACGUGUGCUGUGAUCGACUGCCACAAUCGAGGUGGGAGAGAUAGAAAACGCUUUUAUCGCAUCCCUAAGGUUGUUUGUGGCCAGGGACAAGCGGCUGAACAGAAGAGUGAACGGCGGAGGCAAGCAUGGAUUGCUGCAAUCAACCGAGCCGGCGUGACAUGCUAUGAACAACUUCGUGUUUGUUCGGAUCAUUUCAUUUCCGGAAAGCCGAGUGCUUUAUUCUACGUGAAUGACCAGGACUGGGCUCCGACGCUAAACCUAGGCUACGACAAAGUCAAACAGAAAUCUGAAGCGGCCAAAAUACGAGAAGUGUGUACCAAACUACUAGAGGAGAAACAAAGACGGUCCAAGAGUGCAACGUCUUUACUUGCUCUGCAUAAACAGACGGCAAAUGGACGACCGGCAGCUGAGAAUGAGACACAUGAGAAUAAGACCAAGGAUUUACAAGAACCACCAGCUGAAGGACUUCAAGACAGCUGUUGUGCGCCAGGAUGCAAAAACCAACAAGGAGAUGGGAACGCACGAGCAUUUUACAGUCUUCCUAAAGAUCCUGAAAGACGACAACAGUGGGUUGCAGUCAUAAAUCGCGCCAGAAGCCAGCAGAAGAGAAAUGAGCCCUGGGACUCCUCCGCCAGCAGUGUCCGUCUGUGUAGCGAACACUUCAUAUCAGGGAUAAAAAAUGAUAACCCCGGGUCACCGGACUAUGUGCCAGCAAUCUUUAAACAUGUGCCAUCCCCAAAAAAGAGAAGGCUUUUUGUUGUGGUCAACAGAAGUCAGAUGAGCAAAUGCCAAAUAAUUAAGCGGGCAAGAAAAUCACCCGCAACAGCAGCAGGCGAUGACUCUGUAACGGACACGGCUAACGAAGGCAGUCCGGUUGAAGUUGACAUUGUCACAAGAGAAUCUCCAGAGAAAUCUCCCCACAACAAGCUUCAAUCCACACCUGAUUAUCACGCCAGCACGGGGACUCCACUGUGUGCCAGCGAAGACUGUAAGAGACACAUUCAAUCCCUAGAGUCAGAAUGUCAGGCUCUGAGGACUGAAAAUGAGUUGUUGAAAGACAACAUUAAAAGAAUAGGACUAAAUGAAAUGCUACUCAAAAACAAUGACGAAAAUGUGAACUUUCUCACAGGUUUGCCAACAUUUUCACUGCUGAUGACGCUUUUUCAUUCUGUAGCACCUUUUCUCAAGCAUAAGUCAUACCUGACAUCCUUUCAACAGUUCAUGCUAACUUUGAUUAAGCUCAGACUCAACUUGUCUUUUGACUUUCUCGCCAAUUAUUUUGCUGUCGAUUCGACCGCUGUUUCCCAGCUUUUCAAUUACUGUAUAAAUGUAAUUUAUUAUAGGCUGGUGCCAAGGUUUGUCAUGUGGCCUGACAGGGAGUCUUUAGCAAAGUCUCUUCCAUCUUUAUUUAGAAACAGUACCUUCGAAAAGACGGUGUGCAUUAUUGACGUUUUGGACAUAUUCAUUGAGGAAUCAAGUAACCUGUUAGCCAGUGCGCAAUGUUAUUCAGCAUACAAGUCAUGCCAUAAGAUGAAAUACUUAAUAGCCAUUUGCCCACAAGGUUUAAUUUGCUUCAUUUCCAAUGGGUGCAGAGGUCGCACAAGUGAUAAGUUCCUCACUGAGCAAAGCAAUUUUUUAUGCAAUUUGCUUCCAAGGGACUUGGUCUUAGCUGACCAAGGUUUUAUUGCUGGCGAGAGUGAACAUUCAUAUCAAGCAGGACAUAAAAUUACAGCAUUUGCUCUUGGCAAAGGACAAUUAGAGCCCGUUGACUUGGGGGACACCGGAUGCGUAGAAUCUCUUAGGAAACACAUUGAGAGCAUAAUUUACAUUCCCCGUCAGAAAUACACCAUUUUGCAAACUACGAUCCCGAUAAGCGGCACUCGAGUCGAUCAAGAAAAUGGCGUGACUUUACCUGACAAAAUAGUAAAUGUAUGUUGCGCACUUACCAAUGUCUCAAAAUCUUUUGUAUUUUUACAGUAAAUGUUUUAUUUUUGGAUUGAACCAGAGUAGGUAAGUAUACUUUCCACUGUACACACAUUUCUAAAAAAGUGGAUAUUUUGCAUUUUAUUUGUAACUAAACAGACAACUGAAAACUGUUUGUUUCACUUGUGUGAUUGAUUGAUUGAGACUUUUAUUAGUAGAUUGCACAGUACAGUACAUAUUCCGCACAAUUGACCACUAAAUGGUAACACCCGACUAAGUUUUUCCACUUAAAUCAAUUCAUGGUACAAAUAUAUACUAUCAUCAUAAUGCAGUCAUCACACAAGUUAAUCAUCAGAGUAUAUACAUUGAAUUAUUUGCAAUCCGGGAUGUGGAGGGGGGGGGGUUAGGUUUGGUUGAUCUCAGCACUUCGGUCAUCAACAAUUGCAUCAUCAGAGAAAUGGACAUUGAAACAGUGUAGGUCUGACUUGGUAGGAUAUGUACAUCAAGUAGUGGACAUAAAGAGAUCAGAAAGCAUAAGAACAAGUAUAUACAUUUGAUUAUUUACAAUCCGGGGAGGUGGGAUGUGGAAGGGGGAGGGUGUUAGUUUAGGGUUGCAGUUGCCUGGAUGUGAUGUAUAUAAGAGAAACGUAUGUGUUUUUUUUUAUCCACCAACCAACCCUAACCUUAUGUAUUUACAAAUAUUAUAUAAUUAUUUCAUUUGAUGACAAGUUGUUCAUUAAUAGUAGCUUUGGGACCACAACACAGCGAGAUUUGUCAUGUUAAUUCUACUAUGACUACAAUCACAAUGUGAAGCGUGCGUUAAACCAACGCCGGACAAUGAAUAAUUAAUAUAAACAAUGAAUAAUAAAUCCCUGUAUGAUCAGUGUCAGAGCUUGGUCCGCAUUGUCGGCAGUAAGUUGGACACGUUUCCAGUGAGGGUUGGACUCCGCCAAGGCUGCCCUUUGUCACCGAUUCUGUUCAUAACUUUUAUGGACAGAAUUUCUAGGCGCAGUCUGGUUUGGUGGCUGCAGGAUUAGGUUUCUGCUAUUUGCAGAUGAUGUGGUCCUGAUGGCUUCAUCUGGCCAAGAUCUUCAGCUCUCACUGGAUCGGUUCGCAGCCGAGUGUGAAGCGACUGGGAUGGGAAUCAGUACCUCCAAGUCCGAGUCCAUGGUUCUCACCCGGAAAAGGGUGGAGUGCCAUCUCCGGGUUGGGGAGGAGAUCUUGCCCCAAGUGGAGGAGUUAAAGUACCUCGGAGUCUUGUUCACGAGUGGAUGGUGAGAUCGACAGGUGGAUCGGUUCGGCGUCUUCAGUAAUGCGGACGCUGUAUCGAUCCGUUGUGGUGAAGAAGGAGCUGAGCCGGAAGGCAAAGCUCUCAAUUUACCGGUCGAUCUACGUUCCCAUCCUCACCUAUGGUCAUGAGCUUUGGGUUAUGACCAAAAGGACAAGAUCACGGGUACAAGCGGCCGAAAUGAGUUUCCUCCGCCGGGUGGCUGGUCUCUCCCUUAGAGAUAGGGUGAGAAGCUCUGCCUUCCGGGAGGAGCUCAAAGUAAAGCUGCUGCUCUUCCACAUCGAGAGGAGCAAGAUGAAGUGGUUCGGGCAUCUGGUCAGGAUGCCACCCGAACACUUCCCUAGGGAGGCGAUUCAGGCACGUCCGACCGGUAGGAGGCCACGGGGAAGACCCAGGACACGUUGGGAAGACUAUGUCUCCCGGCUGGCCUGGGAACGCCUCAGGAUCCCCCGGGCUGGACGAAGUGGCUGGGGAGAGGGAAGUCUGGGCUUCCCUGCUUAGGCUGCUGCCCCCGCGGCCCAACCUCGGAUAAGCGAAAGAAGAUGGAUGGAUGGAAUAAUAAAUAUAAAACGAUUUGUUGCAUUUACUAUAUCAUUGAUAUGAUUUGAAUAAAGCGUCAAACACGCUUCGCUAAAAUUAACCAACCUAAAAUGGAACUCAUUUGACUAGAGAAGUUGAAAUAGCACCUAAACAAGUUUUGGCAACAAAUAAAUACAAAGGUUGAAAAAAAUACAAUCAAUUAGGUGGAUGUUUUUGACGCCAAUAUUCAUAUUUUCGUACACUGAUUGUUUUUGUGUAUUUCAAUGUGUUUAUGAUCGCUUCUCUUUUACGGUUUUGUUCCUUUAUUUACAGUUUCAAACUAAAGGCAGCGUUUUAGCGUGAGGGACAGGUCAAUGUAAAAAAAACAACUUUAGCUUCAUAAUUUCAUAUUUUAUCAGCUUUUUUUAAAACUUAAUUUAGACGCCCGCGGUCCUCCCUUCUUCUUCUACGUUAUUUUACUUGCAUGCCCAAGUCCAGUGAAACUGCUUCCGGGUAAACUUGCUAUAAGCUCCGCCCCUCACGCCAAAACACUGCCUUUAGUUUCAAACCGCAAGAAAAAAAAAAGUGAUCAUCAAAACCUUUGAAACACACAAAAACAAUAGAAAUGUACAAAAAUAUGAAUUUUGGCAUUAAACACGUCCACCAAAAAUAUUGUAUUUUUUUUAGUGAUUGUGUUGCCAAAACUUGUUUCGCUGCCAAUACAAAUUUUUCUAAAAAAAAAAAAUGUUUUAUAAACCUUUAUUUAUAAUAUUCAACAUUUACAAAUAUGCAAAUAAAUAACAAUGAUCAAAACAAGUACAGAAACAGUACAAAACAGCGCCAGGGAGUUACAAACCUAAUGAAGCAACUAAAGUAGAAUGCAAAUUUUUCGACAAUGUCCAUUUUUUUUAAACCAAAUCUCACGUUUUACCAUAAAUUGAUUACGUGGACCCCGACUUAAACAAGUUGAAAAACUUAUUGGGGUGUUACCAUUUAGUGGUCAAUUGUACGGAAUAUGUACUGUACUGUGCAAUCGACUAAUAAAAGUUUAAUUCAAUCAAUUCUGGUAGCAGUCAUAGUAUUUUUUUUAUCCAGCAGGUGGCAGUAACUCCAAAGUGUAGUCAUUAAUUGUGUUAUCCAGAAUAUGGCAGUAAGUGGAAAAAGCUUCUGAGCUGCUGUCUGAUUUCUUUUAAAAGUGCCAAAUGCAAUCAUUGCAUGUCAUGUCAUCAUUAAAUGGCCCUGAUAUGUCAAAAGGCAUUAAUGAAUCAUGUUGUUUUUGACUACCUUUAUAAGUGAUAACGGUAGUUUAGCCGGGAUAUGCUCAUUUCAAAUCCAUAAAAAGAAAACAGCACAAAAUCCAAUUUUAUGGAAAUAUUUGAAUGAAAAUCCACACUUUUUUUGUUGGUUUUAAAAUCUGCCAUAUAAAAUAAAAAUCGAAAAACGGCCCUGAUUUUAUUUUUUGAUUUGCGUUUCAGAAUUGGAAAUAGAAUGAACGAAAGGAUUUGUUUUUUAUUUGCAUUUAAGAAUUGGACAUAGAAUGAACGGAAGCUACACGGACCCGAAAGGCUAUACUACUGCUUCCGGUUCAAUUUGUCAUCACACAGAUAAACACGCACUGCAAAAACUGAAAUCUAAGUAAGAUUAAAUAUCUCAAAUAAGGGUGAUAUUUGCUUAUUUUCUGUCUGAUAAGAUAAUUCUUCUCACUAAGCAGAUUUUAUGUUA